AGGUUUUCUAUGGAUUCCAGUCAAAACAAACAGCGAUCGGAAAGUUGGUUUUAAUUCCAAAUAAACUUGUUUUUUAAGUCGACAGCGAUGGACAUCACACCCUGAUGAUGAUGAUGAUGAUGAUGAUGAUGAUGAUGGGGCUCGCAGACAGUUGAUGUGUAGUGAGGAGGAGGAGGAGGAAGAGGAGGAUGAAGAUGAGGAGGAUGAAGCUGAGGGUGAACCGCAGCCAGCUGCUGUUACUGUCCAGAGAAGAAACAUCUGGAAACUUCCAGAAAGAAGGAACACUGCGAGUAGGACGACAGGAGAGAGGUCUCACUGAGAGGUUCUGUCGGCUGAGAGGAAACCUGCUGUUCAUCCUGAAGAAGCAGGGAGGUGAGGUAGACGAGGUGUUGCUGUUGGAGAGAUGUGAGGUCAUGAAGCUUCCUGAUGACAACAGACGACUGGCUGUCACUUUUGAGAGCGGCGACCCUCCUGUGUUACUGCAGUCCAGCAGCUCUGCAGAGUGUGUGUCCUGGGUCGUCGCCCUCAGAGACGCCAACACCGAGACGCUGAGGAGACGCAUCACACACCUCGACGCGCUCAUCAACACACACUCUGCACACUGCGCCAGGGGAGAUACAAGCCUGGAAAACAAUGGAGGUUCAGGUGGAGUCACAUCUGCUGUUAAAGUCUCUCCACUGCACCUGACUGUCGAGUGUCGAGGUGUGGUUUCAGCGGCUGCUGGAGUCCAGAUUCAAGUGUGUGUGAUCGACACACUCACUCACACAGUCAGGAAGCACUGCUGCUCCGAGAUAGAGAAGGGACCGGAUGAGAGAGUGUUUGUAACAUCUGUGUGUUUCCAUGGCGACUACCCUCUCUACCAUCACAACAGGAUCAAAGUCACAGUUUAUCGCGCAGAGGAGCCGACAACACACAAACCAAGGAGCUUUCUGGGUUUCACCUCCUUCUCCAUCGGAGAUCUGCUCAGGUCCAAGGAGCCUCACAUCUCCGUUAGCCUCAGGACGAUGGACGGAGUGAACGAGGUCGGGGAGGUGAAGGUGUCCCGUCUGCAGAUGGAGGGAGAGAACGACGACAAAACUCCUCCUGAACACAAGUGUCCUGCUCUGUGUGACAGUCUUCACAGCUCUGUCCACGACAAAGAAAACAGUCCCAUGAUGCGAGCUGUGCUGUGUUCUCAGGUGUGUAAGGUGUACAGGUUUCAGACGGAGGAUCAGCGAUGGCUGCUGGUCAGGGAACAGUUGUCAGAGACGCCGCUCUCUUUCUCUUUACCCAAACAGCUACUGAGCGCGCUCAUACGCGAGCACACCAACAGGGUCCAGGAAGUGAAGGAGCUCGGUGACCUUUCACCCCACUGGGAUGGGCUCCGCCACGAUGUCAUCAACCACUGUAACCACCUGAUUGGCUGUUAUCAGGAAACACUGGCCGAGCUGGACAAGCUCUCAGCGUCGUCCUGCUUCAAGUCGAGCAGCAGUAAGUCAGACAGACACCUUCAGUUCGUUCCCACCAACCUGCACUCACAGAGGAUGGAGGUCACCAGUCCAGACAGCGCAGGUGUGUGGUAUGAGGUUAUAACAUUCGGUGCUCCGGCUGAUCACCACCAGGCCUUUAAACAUGGCGGACUGAAAAAACUGCUCAGCAAACACACCAACCACAGAGACAGCUCCGUCUCUUACUCUCAGGACGAGAGCUCCAGGGCCAGGGAGCUGCUGGCCAGCGUGGCCCAGCUGCAGCCUCUGGUCUUCGGGCUCGCCGAGGAGCUGCUCUCCGUCUCCUUGGAGCUGAACGUGGCUCGACUGCAGCAGGUGCUGGACGGCCUGACUCGGCAGACCGAGCAGUUUGUUCACGCUCUCAAAGACGAGCUGGUGAAAAGCGCCCUGAUGGCGAUCCACCACCAGUGCAGGGCCAACUGCAACAGCAGCCACGUCCACAGCAACGGGCUGCUCUGCGAGAACUCGCCAGUCAGUCAGGACGGGCAGCCUCCGCUCGGCCAUCAGGACGUCGCCCGAUGUGACGCGGAGUACGACGAGGAGGAGUGGGACCGGGCGUGGGCCAACGUCGCCAAGAUCCUCAACUGCAUCGUCGUCAUGGUGGACCGGCUGCAGGGGCGGGAGGAGCGGCCUCCGGAGCUGACGUCAGCCGAGCUGCAGGAAUCCACGGGGGACACGAACUCUCACAACACGGCCUCUCCCUCCCGCUCCUCCUCCUCGGCCUCCUCCUGGCAGGAGCAGCUCCUCCCCCUCGUGGUCACUCUCAGGGACUGUGUGCGCGAGGCUGUGGUGAAGGCGCGAGCCGCCAUGACCUUCGUGAUCCUGCAGGGGGCGGUGGCCCCGACUGUCGGCCGCGGGCCUGUACAGAUCGUCCAGAGGCGACACGCCGUCUUCAGCCAGGCGCUCUCAGCUCUGGUGUGUGGUUUCAUGUUGAAGCUGUACGGAGGUCUGGAGGAUCCUGACUUCCUGCAGCAGCUUCUCUCUGUUGGAGUCCUGGCUCAGUUUGAGAGUCUGCUCAGCACCUACGGUGACGAGGUGGGGAUGCUGGAGGACAUGGAUGUGGGCGUGGCCGACCUGAGCAAAGUUGUGUUCACUGUCACUGAGGCUAAAACAGAACAACAGGACGACCUGCUGCCGACGCUCAGUGGAACAUGGGGCAGUUUUGUCGUCGAGGUCCCGUUGCCCCCGGAGACGUUCAGGUCGUUGCCACAGGAACUAAAAGAAGGGCGUUUGAUACGAGUUCUUCCGGUUCUCUUCAACAUCGGGAUCAACCAGCAGCAGAGUCUGGCUGAGAGGUUUGGUGACAGCUCGCUGCAGGAGAGAGUGAAUCAGCUGAGCUGCGAGCGUCUGAAAGCUUAUUGCACCACGCUGAGAGAGCGACUGCCGGACAUGGCUCGUAUCCAGUCACUGUCAGACUUGUUGUCGUCUCUGGAUCGAUGUGUAGAAGCGAGGAAGAGGAAGAACGUGGAGGUUCUGUGGAUCGCUGCGAUGGUGUGUCGGAAAGCUAACGGCGUUCGUCUGACCAGCUGUAAGAGUGCGAAGGACCGCACGGCGAUGUCGGUGACACUGGAGCAGUGUGUGUUACUGAGAGAGCGACACACACUCAGCCAGCAGCACUUCAGCACCGCGCUGGACUGUAUGAGGAGGGAUGGCUGCAGGAUGGAGAACGUGCAGAAGAACGUGGGCAACAGGAAGUUCGCCUUCAGCAGCGUCCAGCUCCUCACCUUCCCCAAACUGUACAGACCUCCAGACGGCAGCUAUGGAUAGACACACUGACAGUUUUGUUGGUUCCUGUACAGCUUGUUUUAUCAUAAGACUGUUUUAUCAUGUAAAGUGUAUGUCGUGUUAUGUAUGAAUGUAAAUUUUAUUUUAAUGACCCUCUGUACUGUUCACUGGGGCUGCAGGUGUUUGAUUUACAAACAUGUUUCUGCAAUAAAUUAAUACUUGAUUCUU